AUGCAACGAGCUGAAUCACCCACUAUUGCCCCAAUCAAUAAGGUAUCUUGGAUCACCGAGUCUGUUCCAUGUUGCCCUGUGCUGAAAAGCGUGCCCAUCUAUGUGAGAGCACAAAUAUGCGCAUACCACAUGCGCCUUUCCGGUGUUUCUUACCCAUGGGGAACUCUUUCCCCUAUUGCAUACUCAUGGCAUUGGUAUCAUCCCUCGUGCUUGUCACAAAUAAAGCCUACUGUUGCAUUACUAAUUUCUCCAUUCAGUUUUCAUGUUAUGAUGGCAUGCAUGCAGAAGAAAGAAAAAUAG